UUCGUUAUUGGUAGAAAAAGGAUCGUCGUCAUCAUCUUCAAACAGGAUUCCAAGGAGCGAUGGCCAUGGGAGACGAGAAGGUGAAAAACGAGGCGAUGGAGAUCAUGGGAUUAUUUCAAGUGCUGCCUCGUUUAGUCGUCUUCGAUCUCGAUUACACUCUAUGGCCAUUCUACUGUGAAUGCCGAUCCAAGCGUGAGAUGCCGUCUAUGUAUCCCCAUGCUAAAGGUAUCUUACAUGCACUAAGGGACAAAGGAGUUGACAUGGCUAUUGCCUCUAGAUCACCAUCCAGAGACAUAGCAGAGACUUUCAUUGACAAGUUGGGCAUUAAAUCGAUGUUUGUAGCCCAGGAAAUCUUUUCCAGUUGGUCUCACAAAACAGAACAUUUCAAGAAAAUCCAACAGAAGACUCGAGUGCCGUACGAAUCAAUGCUCUUCUUCGAUGACGAAGAUCGUAAUACAGAAACGGUGUCCAAAAUGGGGGUGACAAGCAUUUUGGUGAACAAUGGGGUGACUCUUGGAGCCUUGAGGCAAGGGCUAACACAAUUCUCCCAAGGUCCAACUUCAACAAAGAGGGAUAGGAAGAAAUGAACCAACACUCUUUUGAGCCUCUUAAGAAUUUAUACACUUGGAUAUUGCUGGGAAUUUGGUAAUUUAAACCGAAUUCGGAUUCGAAAAACUAGUUGAAUCAUGUACCAUCGUACACACACAUUUGUAGUAACUAUGAGACACUAUUUUUUUAUUAACCUGGAUAUCCAACCUGUUAUGCGAGUCAA